UUUAUCCUGCAAAUUAACAGUGAAAACAGUGAUAUCCGAAGCAACGUGAAUAAAAAUGAAUGACGUCACACUUUACUUUGUUGUUGUUUUGAUCAAGCAAUGGCUUCCUGAUAUUCUUUAAAAUACAUCUUUGAUUGCAAAGAGUUGACCUGACUUACAAUGGGAGGAGCUGUGAGUCGUGGAGAGGAUAAUGAUGAAUUGAUUGACAACUUAGUAGAAGCAGAUUAUAUAAAGACACCAUUAGUGGAGAGAGUGUUCCGUGCAGUAGAUAGAGCACACUAUUACACUGAAGAUCACAAAGGCAGUGCUUACAAAGACUUGGCAUGGAAGUUUGGCCAUUUACAUAUGUCUGCUCCCUGUAUCUACUCAGAAGUAAUGGAGUCAUUGUCAUUAGAACCAGGGCUAUCUUUUCUCAAUCUGGGAAGUGGAACUGGUUAUUUAAGCUCAAUGGUUGGACUCAUAUUAGGCCCAUAUGGUAUAAAUCAUGGAGUUGAAUAUUAUGAUGAUGUGGUGGAUUAUGCCCAAGAACGAGUUGAAGAUUUUAAACAGAAAUCAAAAUUAUUUGAUGACUUUGAAUUCUGUGAACCCUAUUUUGUGAAUGGGAAUUGUCUCCAGCUGCCAACAGAUGUGAUGUUGUACGACCGUGUGUACUGUGGAGCAGCAUGUCCCCCAGAACAUGAAAAUUAUGUUAAAAAUUUGUUAAAAGUUGGUGGAAUUCUUGUGAUGCCCCUGAAUGAUCAGUUGUUACAAGUGAAGAGAGUGGAUGAGGCUAAAUGGGAAUCUAAGAAUGUGAUGUCAGUAUCCUUUGCAACUCUAAUAGCGCCCACAGAAGAGGAAGCUAAUAAUGUCACAGAAUUACCUGUUGUUGAUCUUCCACGUCUGCAAAACAUGUGCAGGAUAACUGUACGUAGGAUAUUGAGAUCUAACAUAUACAAGCAACAUCCAAAACUACGUUCAGUAAGAAAAAGACCUCCAAAAAAGCCAAAGAAAACCGCUCCACCAGCAAAUAGACGAAGAAUAAAUAUUGUGCCGACAAACGUUGGAAUGAUUAUGUUGAGUAAUUACGAUGAGAGUACAGGAAGUGGUGAGGAUGACGAGGAAAGAAAUAGAGCGACAAGAUCACCUCACCUAGACAGUGACUUUGAUGACAGUGAAAUGGAAGAUGGUGAGGUAACCAUUCCAUCAAGAGAUCACACGGGUGUCAUACCUGAAGAUUUCUUUGAUUAUGACGAGGAAGAGGAUUUCGAUGGUGGGGUGAAAAAUGAAAAACAAAACGGAGCAAAUUGUGAUAAUAAGAUUGAUGGGAAUCUUGAAACUAGUGAAAAUGACGAGGAAAAUAUUGAGGAUGACGAUGAUGAAACCAUUCCAAUCCCAUCCUCAGCAAAUCCACGGUUAGGUUUGAGACUAAGCCAACUAAGUUCACGCAUUGAACAAAUGCGUGCACUUUUGCGAGCUCAGAGAUGCAUGGAUUUGUUAAAUGGAACAGAUGCCUCAGCUGAUGAAGAAGAUAAAGAAAUGGAAAAUGAUGAAACAACCAUCAAGAAGAUAAAAACAGAAGACAAAACAGAAGAAAGUAGUGAGGAAAAUUCAGAAGAGGAUCACGAAGAAGAAGGUAUGGACAUAGCCGAUGUGAUCGAUUUCCAUAACAGAGGCAAGAAAACGUCAAGGUGUUUGUCAAACAAUAGUAAUGAUACGUCUGAAACUUCAGGUAUUGGAUCAUUCUCUGAGGCUUCAGCAUUUGGGUCUUUUAUAGACGAUCACUUACCAGAAAUGGCAAAUGGACGGUCGAUGAGUCAGAAAAGUUCUCCUGAUGAAAGUAGUCCAGAGAGAAGCUGCUGUGAUCAGAUAAUUGAAGAAGAUGAAAUGGACGUUAAACAGUUAGAAAAUAAUAAUGAUGACGAUGAAGGUAUUGUGAAUGACAAAGACAUUGCUGAUACUGAGGCAGACGAUGAUAGUGAACCAAGGGAAAACAUUAAAACUUAUAUGCAGGAAAAAAUUUAUGUACUGCCGCUUCCUGAAGCUAUGAAAGCUUACAUUAACUACUAUAGAAAAUGCUAGAAAAAAGUUUGUUGUAUGUACAAUUAUUCCACAAUGAUGAUGUCAUGGAUGUAAGGUUAAAAUGUGCACACUCAAAAUGGUUUUACACAAACAGAAUUUAAGAUGUACCUAUUUGUUUUAAUAGUCCAUUUGCCAACUACCGAUUUGAUUCUGUUAUUACACACUUUUUACACAAAUUAUUUCCCUUUGUUAAUCAUAGACUGGUUCAAUACCGCACAAAAUUGGCUUUUGCCAAUGCAAAGCAUGACGAAUUGAAAGGGAUAUAUCGGCAGUUUAAUUAAUUUUUCAUAAAAAAUAAUUUCUGAUGUCAAAAGUAUUAAGCUUAACAACAUGUAAUUAAAAAAUUUGAACCUUAACUGUUACUCACAUAACCCACAGGUAAAUUUGCUCUUUCUGCUAAGUCUGGAUUGUAAACAAAAAUUAAUGUCCCUCAUAAAGGAGACAACUGAAAAGGGGAUCUCUAAUUACAGGGUCAAUUACGGGAAUUGGCAAAUAGACUAUUCUUGGGCUAAGAAAAGCAUGAAAUACUGACAAGGAAAAAGGAAGUUUAAAAGUUAAUAAAAACUAUUUUAACACUUUAAUUAUUUGUAAUAUAACCAAAGAUUUUAUUUGGUAAAUGGUACUGUACAUCAAAGAUUAAUUUCGUGGAUUUUGAAGGGCAUUAUUAACUCUUUGUGAACCUAGAAUAUUCCAUUGGCAGAUUUUUCCUUUUUUCCAGUAUUGGUUAUUCAUUUGUUAUUUUAAAAAAUCAUGGACAAUAAUGAUGUUAAAAAAUAAUUGGUAUUAGACUUGUAACAUUGAGAAAAACUAGAUGUAUAUCAAAAUACCAAUAUAUUUUCAUUCAUACAAAAUUUGACAGUAAUGCAGCCGCUGGAUAACAAUAUAUCUAUUAGAUGAUUUGUACCUUACAUAUCUAUUUGAUAAGUUGUAUCUUGACACGGCAGAAAAUCAGGCUGAUGCUGAGAUUUAUUGUAUUAUAAGUUUAACCUCCAUAAAAGGUUUAAAUUAUACAUUAGUACUAUCCUUCCUUCUGUUCAGUUUGAUUCAUUUUCUAAGGUUGAUUUUUUUUCUUAUUAGCUCACCUGGCCCAAAGGGCCAAGUAAGCUUUUCUCAUCACUUUGCGUCCGGCGUCGUUAAGUUUUACAAAAUCUUCUCUAAAACUACUGGGCCAAAUUUAACCAAACUUGGCCACGAUCAUCAUUGGGGUAUCUAGAUUAUAAAUUGUGUACGGUGACCCGGUCAACCAACCAAGAUGGCCGCCAUGGCUAAAAAUAGAACAUAGGGGUAAAAUGCAGUUUUUGGCUUAUAACUCAAAAACCAAAGCAUUUAGAGCAAAUCUGACAUGGAUUAAAUUGUGUAUCAUGUCAAGAUCUAUCUACCCUGACAAUUUCAGAUGAAUCGAACAACCGGUUGUUGUUUUGCUGCCCCUGAAUUGGUAAUUUUAAGGAAAUUUUGCUGUUUUUGGUUAUUAUCUUGAAUAAUAUUAUAGAUAGAGAUAAACUGUAAACUGCAAUAAUGUUCGGCAAAGUAAGAUUUACAAAUAAGUCAACACGACCAAAAUGGUCAGUCGACCCCUUUAGGAGUUAUUGCCCUUUAUAGUCAAUUUUUUACCAUUUUUCGCAAAUCUUAGUCAUCUUUUACAAAAAUCUUCUCCUCUGAAACUACUGGGCCAAAUUAAACCAAACUUGGCCUCAAUCAUCAUUGGGGUAGUUAGUUGAAAAAUUGUGUCCGUUGAUCCGGUCAAACAACCAAGAUGGCCGCUAUGGCUAAAAAUAGAACAUUGGGGUAAAAUGCAGUUUUUGGCUUAUAACUCAAAAACCAUAGCAUUUAGAGCAAAUCUGACAUGAAUUAAAAUGUUCAUCAGGUCAAGAUCUAUCUGCUCAGUCAUUUUCAGAUGAAUUGGACACCCCGUUGUUGGGUUGCUGUCCCUGAAUUGGUAAUUUUAAGGAAAUUUUGCUGUUGUUGGUUAUAAUCUUGAAUAAUAUUAUAGAAAGAGAUAAACAGUAAACAGCAAUAAUGUUCAGCAAAGUAAGAUUUACAAAUAAGUCAACACGACCAAUAUGGUCAGUUGACCCCUUUAGGAGUUACUGCCCUUUAUAGUCAAUUUUCAACAUUUUUUAUAAAUUUUUGUAGAUUUUUCGAAAAUAUUUUCCACUGUAAUUACUGGGCCAAGUUCAUUAUAUAUAGAGAUAAUUGUAGCAACAAGAAUUUUCAGUAAAGUAAGAUCUACAAACACAUCACCAUCAUCAAAACACAAUUUUGUUAUGAAUUUAUCUGUGUCCAUUGUUUAAUAUGCACAUAGACCAAGGUGAGCGACACAGGCUCUUGAGAGCCUCUAGUUUUUAGUAAAUCACUCAAUUUUGCCAACAUUAUUUUGUGUACUGGAAUGCUUCUUAAAAGGGGGAUAAGUUUCUAUAAACAUUUGACUGGACAUCGUAAAAUUGCAUGUGAUCGACAAUUAACACACCAGAAAUUUGGAAAUUAGCAUUUUUAGAUGAUUACUCCUAGAUUUUAGCUUGAAGCUCUAGACUUGGGUAACCUCUUGAUUUUUUGUCAGUAGUAAUUUAUGAUACAAGUUUUUCAUGGUUAUUUUUCACAAAAUGAAGCAAAUAAUUUGUGGAAAAUGAAGAAGGUAAUUUGUGCCAGCAUACAGCCGCCAUAUACUGACAAUAUUAUACCGUUCCUAGUCUGUGAUAUGAAUUGUACAAAUGUAUUAAGUUAUUGUAUAUAAUUGUUUUGUGUUCAGUUGGACAACAAAUAAAUAUUGAUUGUUUUUUGGUUUGCCAUGGCUGCAUAGUGCUGUUAGUUUGAGAGAGGACAUGAAGAUUUGAAUUAGAAUGUGUAUAUACAAUUGAUUGGUUAACAAAAGAAAAGUGAUGUGAUGAUGAUACCGAUAUCUCAAGAUACAUUAUAAUGUUGGGAAUUGGAAAUAACUGAACUAUAGAAAGUAUGAAAGAGAGAGAGAAAGAUAUGAAACCAAUGAGAAAAAUACAAUUAAGCUUUAUUUUCCUAGUGGUAAUCCUUACAAAAUAGCUUUGACUCAGUCAUCAUGAAAUGUUCAUAGCUUUAAUACUGAAAUUGUAAAAAUGUUAAUCUUGGCAUGAUGUAAUUUUAUGUUUUAUACAUUUGAAACUGCACAUUUGUGAUUUAGGAUUUUGCUUCAGUAAACAUCUGUGUGUUUGCUAUUUUUAUGGGGUAAUAUAAAUUUUUUGAAGGGUCUUUAAGAAAGAAUUCAACUUUAUUCACUUACCAAGUUUAAAAUUUUUAUGACAUUGACCAUUGACCUGUUUAAAAGAAAAAGAAGAUAAAAUUUGCUUAUUGAAGAGACAUCAGAACUUGGUGUGAGUGAAUAUGUAAUACUCUUAUGACAAGAGGAUGUUUCAAACAAAUGUAAUUUGUUUGUAUUUAAGAACAUUAAUUCUAGAAGAGUGCUGAUUUUACUAUUAGUUUGACUAUGUAAGCAUUUAUAUUCUUUAUGUUUUGUAAAUAACAGUCAUGGAUCAAGGUAUUAACAGACUUACAAAAUGUAGUAAAUCAUAAACAGAAAUACCAUUUUGUGUUUUGUACAUUUUUGUCCCACCUUGAAAAAGCUACAGAAACAAAAUUUAUGUGUGUUGUUUCAGGCUGUGUCAUGCAGUUGCUAGUUGUUAAAGUUUGUUCUAAAGUUAGAGGAACUACUAAUGCUAAGUCAAUGAUAUUAGAUAUGCAGUUGUAUAAGCAUUGGGUCAUCUCAUUUACAUGGAGAUUAUUUGGCACUGCCCUUUAGUUAUUGUCUAUUGACCUUAAAACUUUUUAAUUUCAAUCAGUUUCUUAUCUCAAUCUCAAAAAGUGAGGCCUAAUCAUUGGUUUAAAUACCAUUGUAUCAACAAAACAAAGCACUGCCUUUGGUAAUUUUCCUAAUAUAUAUGUAUAAGUAAAGUUACAAUUUAGAACAAAACUGUACACAAGAUAUAAAUCAGGUACUAGCAGAGUUUGAAGUGAUGGCAUUAAUUUUAAGUAGUGUUUCAGUGCAUGAACACAACAGUUUUCAAAUUUCUGAUUUUAUUUAAAGCUGAUUUACAUAAAAAGGGAAUGAUAUAUGCUAAUAUUCCACUAAAAAUUGAUAUACAUGUUGUACAUGUAUAUGCAGAAUAUGAUAGGAGACAUUUUUAUACAACCACAAAACAUUUUUGGCAUUGCAGUGUGUCUCUUGAUAUCCUUUCAAAGUGUUUUGUAGGAAAUUUCAGUUUGUGCAAAAAAUAAAUGAUAUAUUCAAUUUUUCUCUAAUUCUAUGGAAAUUUAUCGCUUUCCUAACCCAUUGUAUAAAAAAAUUUAAUCAACGUGUGGUUGCGGGUGAUCUCAGAACAUCAUUGGAUGAUUUUAAGGGUCAUGACCUUUUGAGCUAACUGAAUGAAUCAAAAUAUGCUAACAGGUGUUAAUGAAAUUGACAACUUCAUGCAAUGUGAAAGGCACUCGAAGGGGAUUUUCGGUUAACAAAAAAAGAAAAUGUAUUUUUUAAUCAUUAGAGAAACAGAUUCUUACAUAGUUACUCGUGAAUUAUCGGAUUUAUCCAAUCUCGAUAGUUAAAUUAUAAAUUUUAAAGUCCUCGCCGAGGCGGCUUGGACUUUAAAAUUGAUAAUUUAACUAUCUCGAUUGGAUAAAUCCGAUAAUCCACUGGUACCAAUGUAAGAAUCUAUAUUUAUUAGUUAUUGCCAUAAAGUUUAUUCAAUCAACUAGGAAGUACUUUUUAUACAGCCAAAUUAUUCAAUUGACAAUUGUUUUUUUCAAGGAGAAAUUAACUGAGGACAGUUUCGUUUGCAAAAAUCUGAAUGAUCAGUAUGCCAUCUAUGUAUACCUAAAAUGAUUCUGGAAAAAGGUUUCAUUUCUUUUUAAAUAAAAUACCAGCUUUAUUAAGCAUGUAAAGAUACAUUUUUUAGAAUUAGAAAAGCUUUAUACUUUGAUAGUACUAAAAUGUUUUAUGACAUGGCAUCCGUUCAAGUAAACUCAAUAAAUUUAAUUGUCCAUUUCUGUAAGAUUCUCUGGUUUAUUACUAAAAUAUAUAGAGAACAAGACAGUCAUUUCAAAACAAAAGUAUGCCAAUCAAUUUUGUACAGAAUUGUGAAUCCAUUGUUUUUCAUUCUGAUAUUUGAAUCAUGUUUUUUGGAUAGAUUUUUCAUGAGAUGUUUUUGGUUCAUUUUGAAUCAGUUUUCAUAUUGUUUGUUGCUAUAUAUUUGUGUUACCAAGAGAUGUUAAUGUAUUAUGAAAUAAAUUGGAGCACACAUGU